GAAAUAGUUGAGAUAUGGAAUUACAUGUUUGGGGUACUCCUGAUAAACUAGCAAUCAUUGAUGCUGAUUGUUUAGCAACUAUAUGGUAUAUGGCUUUAAUAAUUCCAACUGAAAAAUUUCAAAUUAUAACAUCUUCAAAUACUGAUAUUUCAAAAUCUGGGAAACUACCAACUCUUAGACUUGAGAAUAAUGAACAAUAUGAUGGGUUUUUAGAUAUAAUAAGGUAUUUAUCAGAACAAGGUUAUGAUUUAGAUAAAUCGUUAAAUAAAGAACAAAAGGCAUUAAAUCAUGGAUUAUUAUUAUACAUUCAAGAUAAAUUUCAAAUAAUUACAGAUUAUACAUUGUUUUUAAACAAAUCUAAUUAUGAAUCAUACACAAGGUCUAUUUUCAAAAAUUACCUACCAUUCCCAAUGCAAUAUAAUACACCUUUACAUUUUAGAUCAAUUGCUAAAAAAAAUUGUGAAAGAAUUGGUUUAACCAUAGAGGAUAAAACUGAAAUUGAACAAGAAAUGUUGAAGAAUGUACCAACUGUUAGUAAAGUUCAACAAUUAAAACAUGAAUCCAUGAUUGAAGAUAAAUUGGUUUUGAAAAAUUCAGUUAGUAAUAUGAAAUGUUUAAAUUAUUAUCAAAAUUUAAUUGAGACAAUAAUUAAAAUGCAAAAAGAAUUGGGGAAUGAUGCUAAAAUCAAUAUCUUUGGUGAUCAAAUAACAACUUGUGAUUUAAUCCUCGUUGCACAUCUUUAUAUUCAAACUCAUCAAUCAUUACCUGAUCAAUUUAUAACAAAUUAUUUGAUAAAUUUAUCACCAGGUUUUUUAGAAACUAAAACUUCAAAUCUUUCAAAAAUUGAACUCAAAUUAUCAAAAAUUAAAAUUGAAUCACCUCUUUUCAAAGAUUCUCCAAAUUUAUUGAAUUCUAUUAGAUAUUUGUUAUUUUAAUUCUUUUUAGGUUUAUAACCAUCAUGUAUAAAAUAAUAAACAACAGUACUAUCAUCAUUUACGAUCCCCACCAAGAUUCUUUUAGGUCUUUUGUUUAAUGUGAUUUCUAAUUCAUGGAAAAUUGAAUUAAGUCUACGGACAGUUAAUUCAGAUGAAAGUUCAAUUGGUAAAACAAUUUCAAUUGAUUGUUCCUUUUCAUCAUUUAAUAGUUUUUCCUUUGGUUUACCUUGAAGUAAAGUUUCAUUUGAUAAUUGGAUUUCUGUAACUUGGGUCCAUAAGUUUUGAUAAAGAAGAUUCUCUUUCACUUGGUUAACCAAUGACAUGAUUUCUUGUGAUCUUUAUGAAGUUUCGUUAAUUGGAAAGGUUUUAAGCAUCGUUCCUAGUAAUUUAAUUUUUUUUUUCCAGAUCUGUC